AUGGACUAUGUGUCGACUGCGGCAGCAGUGGCAGCUUCUUUGGCAGCUUUGCGGAUCUAUCAAUCCUUUCGGGAUGAUUCCAGGCGAUACAAGGAUUUGCUAGAAAUGAGAUCCAGCUCGAUUGCGACGAUACGAACCCGAUCGGAUGGAACUCCCAUUCAACUACAAUAUUCCAUCCAAGAACCUUCGAUUGACAACGAUGGCGACAAUGUUCCCGUAGCAGUUGUGUUGCAUGCCUCUGGUGGAGGGCACGAUCAAGGUCUCAUCUUGGCAACCAAGUUGCUACCACCCAAUCGGUAUCGAAUCAUUUCCAUUUCCAGGUCGGGAUACCUCCAGAGUACGGCCGUGUCAUCGGUGCAGGAACAAUGUGAGGACUUGCAGCUGCUCUUGCAAGAAACUCUUGGUAUACCCAAGAUUUCUCUGCUGUUGGGCAUGUCGGUGGGUAGCGUCAUGACACUCCAGUUUGCGAGUCUUUAUCCACAAAUGGUGGAAUCCAUCGUCGUGUUAUCACCCUGGAUUCCCUAUGCGGGCGAUGACGAAAAGUCUCCUCAAAAACCUUCUCUGCCCGCUCCACCUCAAUGGGUAUUGAAUGUGUUUUUUGGUUCCGAAUUUGUCAAGUGGGCAUCCAUCCAGGUUGGAUUUGGAAAUUCCAUGUGUGGUGUCACCCCCGCCACCUCGAAUGAAGCCAAACAGUUGGUCAGUGUAUUUCUGGACACGCUUUUUCCCGUAUCGGACCGGUUUCAAGGCUUUUGUUUGGAUGUCCAAUCCGCCAUGUCCCUGCGCCUCACCGCCCAAGAGUUGUCCAAGAUUGCGGCAUCCAUUCUGUACUUGGCAGCUGAGGAUGAUCCACAAUGCAAGAUACAUGAGAACCAGCUUCCUGCCUCAAUGGUCAACUCCAAACAAGUCACCAUCAUGACACGUCCCACUGGUGGACACAUCAUGGUGGCCGACUACCAGAAAACGCAGCAAGAUAUUCAAGUGUUUCUAGACAAAAAGUCACAGUGA